CACCAGAGGGGAGACGCAACGGUCACCCUCGCCCAACAUUACAAAUCAAAAUAAACUUUACAGGAAUAAGGAUUUGACGCUUUGUGAUCGUCUCCUUACUAUAUUACACGAUUACACAGCCGUUCCAUCUCUAAGAGACACUCAGGAAUAGAGAAAAGAAAUCAAAACAAAACGAAACUAGUUUCUCGUUUACUCAUCGAGAGACUACUAACUUCUAAGCUCAGUCCAAUGGCGACACCAUGCGUGACCAAGGUGGAGCUGACGGUCUCCUGUGAAAAUCUGUUGGACAUGGAUGUGGGCUCCAAGUCUGACCCUUUAUGUCUCCUUCUCACAAAUACAACUGGAAACCAAUGGUUCGAGGUCGAUCGCACAGAGAGGGUUAAGAAUUGCCUGAACCCAAAAUUUGCUAAGAAGUUUGUCGUGGAUUACUACUUUGAACUGGUUCAGAAGCUCCGAUUCUGCAUUUAUGAUAUUGACAAUAAAACCAUUGAUUUGAAUGACGAUGAUUUUCUGGGGGAGUUGGAAUGUUCGCUGGGUCAGAUUGUCUCUAGCAGCAAGCUGACGAGACCCUUGGUUCUGAAGAACAAAAAACCUGCAGGAAAGGGAACUAUAACGAUCAGUGCUGAGGAAAUCAAGGACAACAGAGCUGUGAAUUUUGAGGUCGAGGCCAGAAAACUGGAUAAUAAGGAUUUCUUUGGAAAGUCAGACCCCUACCUGGAAUUUUACAGACAAACGGAAACAGGCUGGCAGCUCGCUCAUAGAACAGAGGUGGUGAAAAACAACUUGAACCCUUGCUGGAGACCGUUCAAAAUCUCUCUUCAGUCUCUCUGUGGAGGGAACAUGGAGAAACCAAUCAAGGUUGAAUGUUAUGAUUAUGACAGCGAUGGAUCUCAUGAUUUGAUAGGGAUUUUUGAGACCAAUAUGAAACGCCUUGAGGAGGCUUCCCGCACCUCUCCGGCUGAGUUUGACUGUAUAAACAGUAAGAAAAAGCAGAAGAAGAAAAAUUAUAAGAACUCUGGAGUCGUGAGUGUGAAACUUUGUCAGAUUGUCAGAGAAUACACCUUCCUGGACUACAUCAUGGGUGGUUGCCAGAUAAACUUCACAGUUGGAGUGGACUUCACGGGGUCAAAUGGUGACCCCAAGUCACCCGAUUCUUUACACUUUAUCAGUCCUCAAGGUGUGAACGAAUAUCUCUCAGCCAUCUGGUCAGUUGGCCUUGUGGUCCAAGACUAUGACAGCGACAAAAUGUUUCCUGCUUUUGGCUUUGGUGCCCAGAUUCCACCCAACUGGCAGGUGUCCCACGAGUUCCCUCUCAAUUUCAAUCCGUCAAAUCCAUUCUGCGCUGGUGUAGAAGGUGUGAUAGAGGCCUACAGGUUGUGCCUUCCACAGGUCAAACUUUACGGCCCUACAAACUUCGCCCCCAUUAUCAAUCACAUGGCCCGGUUUGCGCAACAGGCUUUACAGGACAACAAAGCAUCUCAAUACUACGUUCUGUUGAUCAUCACGGACGGAGUGAUCACAGACAUGGAUCAGACCCGCACUGCGAUUGUCGCGGCUUCACGGUUACCCAUGUCUAUAAUCAUCGUUGGAGUGGGGAAGGCUGACUUCACAGACAUGGAGAUUCUGGACGGGGAUGACGGGAGGUUGAAGUCCAUCACGGGAGAGCCAGCCAUACGUGACAUCGUGCAGUUUGUGCCAUUCAGGAAGUUCCAGAAUGCUCCUAAAGAGGCGCUCGCUCAAUGCGUUCUCGCAGAGGUUCCUGGUCAGGUCGUCACUUUCUUUAACAUGAUGAAGCUUCCUCCUCCAAACUCGAAUACUCCUGUAGCCGUUCCAGAGGGAACGACAAAGAACUGAGUGACUGGACAUGUAUUGCAUCUCUCCUCCUAACCUAACAUCAUGCCAACUUAUGACAAUGUACAGACAGCAAGUUGUAAUCACAAAAAAAAGACGUGCCGAAGAGAUUUUAUUUUGAAAAAGCUUUUCAAAUCAUUAUACAUAUCUUUUUAUGUUUUUCAUUUUUACGAAACUCUAUACUGGGCCAAGUGGGGAUCACAGUAUUCUAAAUGAGUGAGAAAUUACCAUUCAGAUUUAGAUAUCAAAAAAGUCUCGAGGAAAUAUUGGUGGUGUUGCAGGGGAGACGGGCAGUACGAAGUUUGUUUUAUUGUUUUUUUAUAAAUCCAGUGUCAUUUUCAUUCCCUAUUACAUGUUUACAGGUCAGCAUUAUGAUGCAAUGUUUUUUCUACCAUGCAUUAUCAUACCACUAUAUCAUGUUUUUAUAUCCGUGUAUAAUUGUAAACAGUGCCUGAUCAUAUUUCAGUUUUCUUGGACACAUAUUAUGGCUCAUGUCAAUGUGCUCAUGUUUUUACAUCGCAGUUAUUUUUGCAUUAUACAGAAACUUGCACUCUUUUAUUUACAAACAUUAUUUGGCUGCAGCAUACAUGCCGAGUUUAACUUUUGACCAGAAUCCAUGUUAAACCACACAUUACGAGAUACAGCUUUAAAUCAUCUCAGAGGUUUGUGCAUACGGAUGAAAGCCAUAAAAUAAAUGAGGUUUAUAAUGA